UAUUCCGAUCAGUUUUUCAUUGUCAGCAAUGGCUCGUAUGAAUAGGCCUGCCCCUGUGGAGAUCACAUAUAAAAACAUGCGGUUCCUCAUCACCCACAAUCCUACCAAUGCCACCCUAAACAAAUUCAUUGAGGAACUAAAGAAGUAUGGCGUGACAACAGUCGUUCGAGUCUGUGAGGCGACGUAUGAUGCCAACUUGGUGGCCAAAGAGGGCAUUCAGGUUCUGGAUUGGCCAUUUGAUGACGGAGCUCCUCCUUCUAACCAGAUUGUUGAUGACUGGUUGAAUCUGCUGAGGAUGAAGUUUCGGGAGGAGCCCGGCUGCUGCGUCGCUGUUCACUGUGUAGCUGGCCUUGGAAGAGCUCCAGUCCUCGUUGCCCUUGCUAUGAUUGAGUGUGGAAUGAAGUAUGAAGAUGCUGUCCAGUUCAUCCGACAGAAGCGCCGUGGAGCAUUUAACAGCAAGCAGCUCUUCUACCUGGAGAAAUAUCGCCCAAAGAUGCGUCUUCGCUUCAAAGAUUCAAACGGCCAUCGCAACAACUGUUGCAUCCAGUAGAGCUUUUGUGCCGAAGCCCUGCAGGAAACGCUUAGUCCAGAUAUUUCCGUGCAUAAUUGGUGAACAUGUGAAAAUAAUGAAAAGAUUUAAAAAGUCGUAGUAUUUUUUUUUUUUUCUCCUUCUCUCACUUGAGUAUCCCCCUUUUGUGUUUAUUUUACAGUGUUGGCAAGGUGAGUGCUUAUUGUGUGAUCUUGAUCAAAUUUAGACAGACGCAAAUUUUCUGCGUCUUUGAUUCCAGCCAUUUGUCAAAACUGUUACAGGAGUGCCCUCUGCCAAACGGUUACAUAUAUAUAUAAUAUAUAUAUUUUUUACAGCUAUACAACAGCAUAGGUAUCAUUUAAAUAUUUAUUUAGUUUUUGAAGAUCGUAAAAUGCCUUAUUGAAACGAAUAGAGGCCAUUUCGUGGGGAUAACUCGAUGGCAUUUAGAGAAGUUUCGGCAGGAAAAUCACGAGUCACAAAAAAAAAAAAAAGCCCCAACACUGAAUAACGGUGUGUAUGUGAAAGGUAUGGGAUCUAGUCUGUGUCGUUUAUCCAAACUUCGUUUACUAAUUACUGCCAUGUCAAUAGUGUGAUUUUUCUUUUUCUUUUUUUUGUGUGUGGCUUCAAACUGGACCUCUGCGAUUAUAUUUUGUAUGCCUUUUUAUUUGAUGUGCGUAACUUUAAACAAAAAAAACAAACAAAAAAAACAAAACAUACUUGGGAUACUUGAUUUACGUAUUUGAAACGUGUAUUAUUAGAUCGGUUAUUUAUACCAUCACUGGGUAUGUGUUUUAGUAUAGUGAGAGAAGUUGUACCUGUUCACUGAUGAGAGAAAACAAAAUAAAGGAAUACACUGAGGACACGA